AGGAAAAGGAAGACAUGGAACAUUUGGAGGCAUACAACCGAAAAUUAUUAGCCAAUAUUUUACCAGUUCACGUAGCCGAGCAUUUCCUAAACACGGACAAGAAUAACGACGAACUGUAUCACGAGCAAUGCGACUUCGUUUGCAUCAUGUUCGCUUCGAUUCCCAAUUUCUCCGAGUUCUAUGUGGAGCUGGAAGGCAACAACGAAGGAGUGGAAUGUUUGAGGCUGCUCAACGAAAUUAUUGCUGAUUUCGACGAGAUGCUGUCCGAGGACCAGUUCAGAUAUAUCGAGAAAAUUAAGAGCACUGGUGCGACAUAUAUGGCGGCAUCAGGUUUAACGCAAAACACUUGCGACAUGCAAGGCUACAGGCAUGUGAUCGCUAUGGCGGACUACGCGCUUAGAUUGAGGGAACAAUUACAGGAAGUGAACGCACACUCGUUCAACAAUUUCAAGAUACGAAUAGGUAUCAAUGUCGGACCAGUGGUGGCUGGCGUAAUUGGAGCCAGAAAACCCCAGUAUGACAUUUGGGGCAACGCGGUUAACGUGGCCAGCCGAAUGGACAGCACUGGAAUAUGCGAUAAGAUACAGGUUACGAAAGAAGUAUAUCAAAUCCUCAACGCAAAAGGCUACUUCCUCACGUGCAGAGGAACCAUCGAGGUUAAAGGUAAAGGUUCGAUGGAAACCUAUUUUCUAGAGGGCAAACCCAAGUCUCCUCAUACAAAUAUAACUGUGAAUCCCCUGGCUGUACCCCCAUCCAUGAAUACAUCUGUGUUAGGAACAAUAUCAGAGAAAAAUUAAGAUAAAUAUUUAUUUUAUUCUGUCCUUCAGGUUCUGUUAAUAGAGAAAGUUAGUGUAGGUAUUAGUGGUUUUGUAUAAGAAGUCGUAUCAACUUUUAAAAUGAGCUUUAAUAGUUUCUGGAUCGGAAAUAGUAUAAUAAAUGUUUGUAGUUUUCUAUGUUUUGCAAUUUAGAGAUAUUCUUAUUGUAGAAUUCGAGUUCUUAUAUAAAACCAUUUAAUAAAAAGAAACCUACAUUAAUAUAUAUGUUUUAACAAAGGAAUCCUGACUCCCCAAAUAAUAACCAUACCGUCACCUUUGGCCUAAUCUCUUAAUCAUUUAAUUCUAUUCAUCGACUGAAGAUAGCUAGAUAAACUAAAUCAAAAUCAUAUUUUAUUCGAUAGAAUGGUAUUUAAUUGGGGAGUCAUUAUUUACUUGUUAUAUAGAAAUACUCUUGUAAAUACUGUUUCUUAAAGUUUAUUUUUAUGUAUAUAUAAUGUUUUUAAUAAAAUGUCAAACCCAACAAAA